GCCAGGGAGGCAGAGGGGGAAACCUAGAGACAAACGGAGAAUAAACCACAGGGUCUGCGCUGGAGUCUGCUCACCGGGAUCUCCCCAACCAGUCCUGAAGGUUCCCCCAUGGGUCAGGUCAGUCGGUGAGCAGGGGCCGGGGACUCCGCCGGAGAUGGGGCACCCGGUGCAGCUGGUGCAUCUGGACGAGGAAGGGGGCCUGACCCUGGACAAGGAGGCCCUGAGCCGCUGCCUGGAGCACGGUGGGGUGGGGGACGCCCCCGUCUGCCUGGUGUCCAUCGUCGGGGUGAAGCGCCGGGGAAAAUCCUUCCUGCUGAACUACCUGCUGCGCCGGCUCCGGAGCCCGGACGCGAGGGACGGGGCAUGGAUGGGCCGGGAGGACGAGCCCCUGGAGGGGUUCGAGUGGCGCGCGGACAUGCAGCGAGUUACCAACGGGGUGUGGGCCUGGAGUCAGCCCUUCUGGGUCCCCACCGAGGGGGGGAAGGUGGCCGUGCUGCUGGUCGACACCGAGGGCUCCAUGGACAUUGAAAGGAACAAGGAGACGAGCGUCAAACUCUCUGCCAUGUCCAUGCUGCUCAGCUCCUACCAGAUACUGAAUAUUUCGAAUGAGGUGAAGGACCCAGAUCUCGAGUACCUGGAGAUGUUUGUGCAUGUGGCCGAAGAGGUGGGAAAAGAGUACGGACUGGAGCCCAUUCAGCACCUAGACCUGCUGGUGCGGGAUUGGAGCAACUCCCAGGUCUUUGGAGCCGAGGGUGGUGAGCAGCAUCUGAGACACGUCAGACAGAUGCUGGAGGCGACGUCCCCUUGCAAACACCCCAAGGCCCUGGAAGUGCUGAGCAGAAGCAGCAGCUACUGUUACCUGAUGCCCUUCCCCGGCAAGCGGAUCUCAACUGGUAGCGAGGGAACCCUGAAAGAGAGAAAGGAGAUCAGACGGGCCCUGUAUUCCCUCCCCAUCAUCCGUCUCCCUCCCCUUCGCAGACAUGGAUGA